AUGUUUGUAGGCAAAACUGGGAAUUCUCAGAUGGCAAGCGGAUUCUAUUUGCUGGAGUUGAGAGACUCCAUAGUUCUAGCAGCCGAAAUGUUUGUAAGCAAAACUGGGAAUUCUCAGAUGGCAAGCGGAUUCUAUUUGCUGGAGUUGAGAGACUCCAUAGUUCUAGGAGCCGAAAUGUUUGUAAGCAAAACUGGGAAUUCUCAGAUGGCAAGCGGAUUCUAUUUGCUGGAGUUGAGAGACUCCAUAGUUCUAGCAGCCGAAAUGUUUGUAGGCAAAACUGGGAAUUCUCAGAUGAUAACUCCUCAGUCUCCGAGAUGGCGGGGAGCCAUAGAGAAGCGUAUCGAGGAGGAGCGGCGCCUCACCAUAGAGGCGGUGAGCACCGGAGCGCGAGUCGACCCUGGAAAGUUUUGGGACUUGUCCGGGACAUUUCUGUUCACUGUCUAUGUUAUGACGGCUUUAGGCUUCGGCGCGCCAAUGCCGCAGACAAAUUGGGGACGAACCUCCGCGCUAAUAUACGCUGCCUUUGCUGUUCCAGCACACUUUUAUUUAAUGUUAAACGCCAGCCUAUGUAUAGUGGUACGCGUUCAAGCUUGCCUCAAUCGGCUGAGAUGUGACCCGGACAAGCCGGACACUGUGCUACAUAAUGAGACAGAAAGCCCAAACUGCAGUCGAAGCUCGGAGGUUCUCAAAUCACCCACUAGAAGAGGAGUUCGUAAGAAAUUAAUGCGCUUACUAGGUAUGCUCAGCGUUUGUCGCUGGACUUUCCUGACAGCCGUUCUCUACUACCUCUGCGGAGCGGUGGCGUUCGGAUGGGCACGGGAGAGGAAACCCGUAGACAUAGCCAUGUUUCCCGUCGAGUUUACUACCACCGGGGGCUUGGAUCGGGUAACGGGUUACGUGCGGUUCCUGUACGGCUGGUACGUGGAAGGCGCAGUGCUGCUUCUGUCCUGCGGCUUGACCAUGCUGAGGCAACAGGGCGGUUCGGUCGUCGCUUAUAUAGCCGAGAAGUAUAAAUUGUACGAAACUCAAUGAGGUAAAUGAUGUUCAGUAUUCGGUGAAAUUAACAGAAUUGACACAAACGUUCACAAUAGAGACGGCCACAGGUGCGUAUCUCAGACCAAGAUGCAUCAAAAAAGAAGUUAACUGUGUUUUCUUCUAAAAAUAAAUCUCGCCAAUUUGCGACUUAGCGUCAGCGAACAAAGGUUUUGCAAGUAGGUUAUAAUAUUACAAUAAAACAAAAGUUGUAAGUAA